AAAAACUGCGCGCUGACAUAGCCGCAUCAGGAUGUUCCCCCGCAAAGCAUCCGAUCAUGCCAAGUCUGGCGGCAGUGUCCUGCCCAAGGAGUUCUACACGCGGCCGGACCUGACUCAGCCUGAGUCGGACUUCCUCGGGUCGAUUGCCACCAACAUGUGCAUGGAAGUGAUCAUUUACGCGCAGGAGAACGGCGGGUCGGUGAAAUGGAAACACAAGAACAGCAGUCGCGACGGCGUCCAGAUCUUCCAGGGCGAGGAAUUCGGUGGAAACGAAGAUCUUACGUACGUGUGCGGCGUGAACACGAUCCGAGGCGCCCUGGCCGACGUCGCGGACCUAUUCCAUCUUACCAACGACGACAAGCUAGCGUCGUAUGCGCGCGUGUUCGAGCCCGACCUCAUCGACAUGUUCACGAUCCACGACAUCGUCAAGCCGAGUCUGGAGAACCCCCUGCAUUACAUCGGCGUCCGGUGGAGUGCCGUCGAGUCGUCUAGUCCCCUCGUCAAGAACCGCGACUUUUGCUACCUCGAGUGCCAAGACGAGUUCGUCGACACCCGCACCAACAAGCAGGGGUGGGUGCGCUGCAUCCAUUCCAUCAACAUACCGUCGUGUCCGUCGCUGGAGAAGACGCUCGGGUUUGUGCGCGGCAGCUACUACCGGUCCGGCUUUGUCGUGCUCGAAACCGACAAGCCUGGCAUAUUGGAGAUCACUCAUGUUCUUCAGGUCAACUUCAAGGGGUCCGUGCCUGCGUGGUGGCGCCAGCAGACGCUUCGCCGCCGCGUCGCGAGCAUCGGUCGCAUCGACAAGUUCCUCCAAGGCAAAAAGCUCAGCGCUGGUCAUAUCUUGGGGGAUAUUGAUUUGCCGCCCAAGAAGCACGUGGUACACUGCCACUUGUGCUGCCGUCGGUUCGAUCUCGUGUUUACGCGGCGAUUUCGCUGUCGGAAGUGCGCGCACGUGAUUUGCAAACACUGCAGUGACCACUGGUACCUCCACUUGCCCGUGUCUGGUGACAAACGUGUGCGAAUAUGCAGCCUAUGCGCCGCUUCCACGCUGGACAAGUCUGCUCUUAGCAGUGUGGACGACCACCAGUCUCCCAACAUCCAAAGGAAUCCCUCGGCAGCCGCCCCCCCUUUGCAACCUCCGCAUCGACGACCCAAGUCGACUCCAAACCUCUGUCCGCCAUCCAUCCAUGUUGAACCUCAAUGCGGCAGGUCCUUGUCCAACGAUAGCUACUUGGACAGCCAAACCAACCACUACAGCUACGAUGACAUGGACGAUGCCGAUUCGUUUCAAGACUCGAGUGUAUAUGAGACGAAUCCGUUUGAAAAGCAGCUUCAGUUGGGCCAAAAUAUGACUCAAAAUAUUAUUCCAACCAUAUCAACCACCGACCAAGGGGAGUCGCCGACGCUGGAGCACCGCAUGCGCCCACGGGAUGACUUGAACGACUCGUACUUGGAAAGCGUGCGCAGUAUCCACAUUGGACGCCACAACCACAAUGCUAGUACUACUACUAGUCCUACUAGUCCUGGAAAUGCUACCGACUGGUUUAACGCCCGAUUGUUUGGCCAAGCGGACGUCAACUUGGAUCCUCUGGACCGGCAGUGGGGCAACGCGUUUACCAGCUACGGCCAGCAAACAUCGUACGAUCAGCACCAGCCAAAGUACACCAAUAAAGAUGCUGGGAAUGAAACGAGUUCGUUUGGCAGUGUCGACUCGGACAGAUCGUCGUCGUCGUCGGCCGAGUCGUCGUCGGGCGGCUUUCGCUAUUCCCUCCAAGUGCCGCACCAAUAAUAUGAGAAGUAGAAGUAGGUUGUUGGGGUAAUUAAUAUAAAUGAGAUAGUUAUUGUUGUUUUACC